UUCUCCAAGCCCAAAUCCAGCUUGGAGAGUGGGGCAGGAUGCUCUGCCUUUGUUCCUGAUCGUUUCUCUUUGUGCAGGGCCCCUGUAAAGGCCAGGUGGUGCCUCUGCAGCCUGGUGGAGCUGGUGGGUAAGGCAGCAGAUCUCCAGUGGGAGCAUCCCAUGCUCGGGAGAGGGCUGGAGUGCUGGGCAGGGCAGCUGGGGCACAGCAGGACAGCGGGGACAGUGAGGAAUGGGUGCUCAGCCAUGCACCGAUGGCCCGAGGGCGCUGAGACAGGGCUGUGUCUGAUCCAGGAGAUUUGGGAGCAUCUCCUCCCCCAGGCUGGGGAGCAGCAGCCGGAGCCUCAGCGCGGCAGUGCUGCUCGGGAGCAGUUGUCCUCUUCCAGGGGUUAUUUUUGGAGCCAAGUGAGGACACAUUGACUGUGUGGUGGAAAGAGGAGGCAGAGACACGUGAAGAUGAAGGAGGCAGAGGGGGAUGAAGGGGGCAGAGGCUGGUGGGGAUCAUCAUCUCCCCUUGCAGCCCACACUGGGCCAUGCCAGAGGAUGCCAGGCCAUGGCCCAACAGCAUCAGCAAGGGUUUGCUGCCUGAGUCAGACAUCAGGAUGUCCCACCACUGCAACCAAACCAGCCAGUGCAGCUGGGCAAUGCAAGGGGAUAUCUGAGGUUUUUGGGUCCCUAGAGGACUGUAAGGGUAGAUGCCUGUCCCUGCUCCAAACCCACACUGGCUGACAAUGGGGUUCAUGGGGUCCAUGUCCUGCUGCUGCUGCUGAGUCCUGGGCCCCACAGACGCACCCUUGGGCAGGUUUCUCCAGUACAAGGCUGGAGCAGAUCAUCCUCCUCUCUUUCCCAGGAGCCAGCCCUCCUGUCAUGGUGGUGGAAGUAGCUCCAGCCUUGCUUUUGAAGCAAGGUGCAGGGACGUGGAGUCACUGUCCCCAUCAACCUGAUUUUCCCCUCAGGGCCUCGCAGGUCCCCUCACUGUCACGGGGUGAGAGGGGAAGCAGGGCAGGUGCUGACCCUGACUCUUUCUCUCCCUCCCAGGCAAUCAUGGCUCUCUACAACAAUGGGGCUGACGUGCCCUCGCCCCAGGAAGCCUCCAAUGGCUUCCCCCAGCCCGGUGCCUCAGGAACGUGGCACAAGGGUGAGGAGGAGGUGAGGCUGGUGGAGCCCAGCAUGGUGAAGAAGGCUCACCGGGAAAUCCUGGACCAUGAGCGCAAGCGGCGGGUGGAGCUGAAGUGCAUGGAGCUGCAGGAGAUGAUGGAGGAGCAGGGGUACUCCGAAGAGGAGAUCCGACAGAAAGUGGGAACCUUUCGGCAAAUGCUGAUGGAGAAGGAGGGUGUGCUCACCAGGGAGGACCAGCACGGGCGCCAAAUUGUGAUAGAAAACCACCACGGGGCGGAUGGGGAGGAGUACGAGGUGGAGUACCCUGACUACGGCGAGGGCUGCCUGCUGCAGUGCGACUGCUCGGCCGAGUGCUACCGCGAGGACAGCGGCCACCGCGAGUACAGAUUGAAAAGGCGCUCGAGCAGCUCCACCUCUCCUCCACCCAAGAAGAAAAAGAAGAAGAAAUCAGGGCACCGCCGGAGCCGCAAAAAGAGGAAACCUGGCUCAGAGCGCAGCUGUGACAGCUCUUCACCCAUCCGCAAGGAAAAGAAAAAGAAGACUGGAAAGAAACACAGACGUGACAGGUCUGAAUCGGGGUCACGAAAAAAGAGAAGACACAGGUCCCGAAGCCCCAAGAACAAACGGAAAGAGAAAAACAAAGAGCGCAAGAGGUCCCGCAGCGAGUCCCCGGCCUGGCGCUCGCACCGCCGCAGCUCCUGCAGCUCCCACAGCGCCUCGCUCUCCUCCGACGACAGCGGCUCUAAAUCCCCGGGCAGGCUGAGCCCCAAGCGCCGGCAGGAUGGCCCCAAGGGCAGCAGCGCCCGCUCCAGCCGCAGCCCGUCCUCGCCCUCGCCCCAGCGCUCGGCCUCGCCGCACCAGAACGGGCACAAGGGCAGCGCCCAGAACGGCCGCCACAGCCACGGCGCCCCGCUGCCGGAGCCCUCGGAUAGGCCGGCCUCGGCGUCCUCCUCUCCGCGGGCUCACGGCAGGACGGAGCCGCCGUCCCCCCGCAGCCGGGGGAGCCGCCACGGCGCCCGCAGCCCCCGCUCGGCCACGCCGGAGCGGGCCAAGCACGGCCACCGGCACCGCUCCCGCAGUGCCUCGCCGCCGCCCCGACACCGCGGCCAGAGCAAGGGGCGGCCCCCGGGCCCCCGGGAGCCGCCGCCGCUCAGCCCCGCCGGCUCCAGCAGCGACUCGGAGGGCUCGGCCGGCUCCCACCCCUACCACCCGCCGGCCGGCCCCGACAGGAACCACGGCGCGCACGGCAAGAAGGUGAAGGAGCGGCACCACCGGGGCCGGCCCAACAGCAGCUCGGAGUCGUCGGCCAAGCACUCCCGGCACGCCUCGGAGCGGAGGAAGAGCCCGUCCCCCAGCCCGGGCCAGCGCAGCAGCUCCUGGAGCUCCAGCGGCUCCCUCUCCAAGUCCCGCUCCCGCUCCCGGGACAAGAGAGCAGCGCGCAGCCGCUCCCGCUCGCCCUCGCCGAAAAAGCCAGCCAGCAGAGAGAAGGACAACGAGCCCCGAACACGCCACGGUGAUCCCGAUCCCGCCCGCCCCCGGCGCCGCUCCCGGAGCUACUCCCCCAUCAGGAAGCGGAGACGCGACUCUCCCAGCUUCAUGGAGCCCAGGAGGAUCACCAGCGCCCGCAAGCGUCCCAUCCCUUACUACCGGCCCAGCCCCUCGUCCUCCAGCUCGCUGAGCACCUACUCGUACAGCCGGAGCCGCAGCCGCAGCUACGACAGCUCCAGCUCCAGCCGCAGCCGCAGCCGGACUCGCAGCCCCCCCAGCCGCUCCCGCAGCCCCAGCCGCAGCCCCAGCUACAACAGCCGCAGCAGCUCGGAGAGCGCCGGCUUCUGA